GUUCUUGUUAAUCCAUCUAAAUUGCUACUACCUCACCUUUUUUAAAAGUUAUGGAAAGACUUAUUUUACUUAAUCUUGAACCCUCCUUAAAGCCUUCUAAUGACCCCAACCAGUUUGCUUAUAAACAUAGUAGGUGUACCUUAGAUGCCGCUGUUGUUCUAUAUCAUAAUAUAGUCUCUAGUUUAGAUAGAGGAGCCAAAUAUGUUCGGUGUGCCUUCCUUGAUUACACAUCUGCAUUUGACUCUGUUCCUAGGUCUCUCUUGCUAAGUAAGCUUGCUGCAACACAGAGUGAGAUCUGGACAAAUAAGUGGUUGCAUUCCUAUUUUUCUGAUAGGAAGCAGUACACCGUCUACAAUGGAAAGUCCUCCACUACCUCACUUACUUUAUCUGGUGUUCCUCAAGGUGCUGUUCUUUCUCCUUUUCUGUUUUCUUUUUUCUUACAUGACUUGCCCCGUUCUGAUGUAGCCACUUUUGUCAAGUAUGCUGAUGACCUCUCUGUCUCCAUGCCUGUCAACUCUCAGUCAGACUGUUCCAAAUUAAAUAACUUUCUCUCGGAAAUUAGUCAGUGGUCCUCUUCAAACGGUCUUAAGCUGAAUCCAUCUAAAUGUCAGGUAGUAAAUUUCACUUUCAGACGAAAACGUGACCUACAACAACUAGCUAGCUCACAUGGUCCCACUAUCAUUGACGGCAUAGAGGUUGAAACUACAUCUAAUGUCAAGUACCUUGGACUGAGUAUUUCCUCCGAUCUUUCCUGGUCCUCUCACAUCUUGCUAGUUACUAGAAAGAUGUUUAAAUGUCCAAGAGACUGGAGAGAUGCCAUCAUUAGUCCGGUCUUCAAAACCGGAUCUAGGAACUUAGUUCAGAACUAUCGUCCUGUUAGUUUGCCCAGUAUUGUUGUUGAACUACUAGAAAGAAUAAUUCGU